GGCUAUUGGUCACCCGGUGAUUCAUAUCUUGGUGGAGAGGCCAAUCCAGCAGGUCGAUACUUGGGUGACGGAUUCAGUCUGGCAAAGGUUCAGAUGUUCAUUGUCCAAUAUAUUGGCUUUGAAGAUAACAUGCGAAAGAUUUCGUGGUUUUCACCAGAGAUGCCAAACCAGAAAGAGGACAUAGAUGAUGAUGAGACAAUACAGAAAGUUGUUCACUACAGAAUAGGGUCAGGCAUAGAUGAGAGUAAAUUCAAGAAGUUUAAGAUAGGUCAAGAGAACAAGACAAUAAAGAGAUUUAAGUGUGCUGUAAACAAAUAUGCUGUGAAGAAGAGAAGGGGUAUUAGUAAGCAUGUUACAACAAUCUGUUCAGAUGGGAAGUGUCCUUGGAGGAUGUAUGCGUCGAUAAACCAUUUCUCAACCCAGGUUGUGGUAAGACCGUUGCAAGAAGAGCACAAUUGCACUUGGCAAGGUAAAGCCUCUCUUCUAACGAAUGCUAGAAUAGCAGACAUAUACAUUGAAGACUUUAGGUUGAAUCCAGAUUUUUCAGCCAUUCAGUUGCAAGAGAAACUUUUGGAUAGGAAAAUUAAUGUCACAUGGACGAUAUGUGAGAGGAUAAGGCUUGGAUGCUUGAAAACUUUUGAUAGAGAGCAGGCAGAGCAGUUUUACUCAAAACAUGAUGCUGUGGAGAACAAUUUGGGAGAAAUUUUUAAUGAGGCAAGAAGGAUUGCAAGGACUAAACCAAUUGUUGAAAUGCUUGAGGAGAUUAGGAGGAGAGUCAUGGUCUCUAAUGAGAAAAAGAAACUUGAAGCAGAGAAAGCCAGAGGCGAAUACACUCCUAGAGCAGUAACAUUACUUGACCAGCAGAUUGAGUUAGCUAAGAAUUAUAGGCCGAUACCUUGGGGGAUGGGGAGAUAUGAAGUGAGCUACUUCAAUGACAGGUACAUUGUGCAUUUGAGAAAUGAAACAAGUUGUACUUGUCGGUUGUACCUCAUCGGUGGCAUCCCCUGUUGCCACAUUGCAUUCGCACUUAUACUAGAGAGAAAUGUUGAGCAAGACCCUAAGACAUUGAUCAGUGACUGGUUACAAUUGAUGCUCGGGUCAAUCCACCUCCAUAUAAGAGGCCUCCGGGCAGGCCUCCAGGGAAAAAGAAAAAGAGAGAGAAGGGAGAUCCAAGGCAAAAUCAGGAAAAGCACCAAAGAUAGGAAUCAAAAUGGUAUCAUAAAUUGUGGGCAGGAAGGACACAAUGUCACAAACUGUAAGAACCAGUCUAUCCCUAAGCCUCCAAAGAAACCACUCGGGAGGCCACGAGUUAGGCCCCUGUCACCUAUUGCAGGACUUGACUGGAAUACUCUUGAAGGUGUCUCUUCUUCUCAGCCUGCUGACAAUAAUUCGUGGAGGCCAUGUAAUGAAAGUGUUGAUGCAUCUUCUUCUCAGCCUACCCAGCGUGUGUCUUGUUUUCAGCCUGUGCGACGUGGCUCUUCUUCACGACAUGGCUCUUCUUCUCAUCCUGCACAAGGUGGCUCUUCUUCUCAUCAUGCACAAGGUGGCUCUUCUUCUCAUCCUGCACAAGGUGACUCUUCUUCUCAGCCGGUUGAAGACCUUCCUUCUCUUUCCUCUGCACUUCCAAGAAGCGUGGUAGACCUCGCAAGAAUUCUAUUGAGGCAAGAAGGGUACGGUGUCUUCACUAGUGUGCAGUCGAGGGAUGAUUAUGUUCAUCUUGGCAGGUCUAUGAGGGAUACACGUGUUAAUACAAUCCUGCCAAGCAGUCUAUACAGAGCGAGAGAAGCUAAAAAGGUGGCGGUUGAACGUGGAAGAGGCUGUGGAAUAGGUCGGGGAAGAGCUCGUGGAAGCUUUGUGGAAAAUUGGUUGUCUUCUUCCCAACCU